AAUUAUCACGUAAUAUUCAUGAAAAUAGUGAGCAAAGUGAAUCGGAUGAUAAUGAUGAUUAUGAUAUUCAAGACCUUCCUUUUCCUCCAUUUUUUAAUGCAUUUCAACAUUCAAGACCGACACAUGAAUUUACAUUAGACUUAUCUACAAGAUAUGAACAUUCUUUAUCAUCGCCUUAUUCAAUUUUUAAACAUAAGAUCGCAACUUUUAUGACAAUGCUUCAUUUUGAACAAAUUAAACAUUUUAUGCAUAUUUCCGACUAUGCUGUUCCCUCUUUAUAUUG